AUGAAAAACGAAACUGUCCCGCUGUUGAAGAGCGGACUUCGCGACGACAGCAGCGAUGCCACCUCAACGCGGAACUACUCGAACAACCAGGCCAACAAAUCUGCAGCGGCCAAUGCCAACGGGCCAUCCACGCUUUACGAGAUCUCGGUCCACCGCUCACGCAAACGGACCUUGGAAAAGGGCUUCGACGCGCGGGGCAGCUUCGUGCAUUUCGCCCAUCGCAGCCUAAAAAGCGUCAUCCAGGUUCAAGAUGUUCUGGACCGCCCAGGCGUCAGAAGCUUCCUGUACCGAGCUAAAUGGUUCCGGAGGCCGAGCAUGGUGCGCCUACGGAGCUUCAUGACGGGGACGUUCGUCACCGUCUGUUCCUUUGCCAGCUUGCUGAUUGCACUCUUUUGCAGUGACGUCUACGCUUUUCUGGGUGCUGCAGACAGCACCCAAAGCGAUAUGCUGCUCUCAAUCGCAUUUGUUUUUUUUGUCCUUGAGUUUCUCGGGAACUCUUUAUCUGACAAGACCUACUUGCUGAGCUUCUUCUUCUUUAUGGACUUCCUUGGCACGUUUUCGAUGGUUUUUGAUAUCUCGUAUCUUUUUGGAGCUGACGUCUCCAAGUUCGACAGGUUAGACUUGGAGGCGAAAGGGGGAAGUGGUGUAAUGAUUGUACGAGCUGCCCGUGCUGCGCGCGUGGGCACUCGGGCUGGACGGCUAAGCCGUGUCGCCAAAAUAGUGCGCUUCCUUUCUGGCGGGGAGGACUCGUCCCACAACAAUGCAAAAAUGGCAAAAGUGAUUUCCAACAAAUUGUCCGAUGUGCUCUCAAUUCGCAUAGCAUUUGUGGUGAUCAUCAUCGCAGUGGUCUUCCCGUCCUUCAGCAUCUUCGAGUAUCCGGCCAUGGAGGAGUCCAUGGCGGCUUGGACAAACUUCCUGGCAGAGGAAAUCGAAAGCUUCCAAGCAGGCCGCAGCUCUCAAGUCGAGCUUGACACCGCAGCCAGGCGCAUGUCUUCCUUCUACCAGUCCGUGAGUUACGGGCCUUUCUUGGCUUGUUUUCGCGUGCACAACAUCAGCGCUGCUCAGGAGCUCGUGGACUGUGAAGGUGGUGGAAACUUGAAGGUAUCCUUCAACACCAAUUUCUCCCGCCCUUCACGUGGGGAAUUCCUGUUGGUCACAAGUGCUAGACAGCUGGACGUGUUCUUUGACUUGACGGCUCCAAAGCGUUUGGAAGCAUUGAUGGGCAUCAGCCUAAUCGCCUUCAGCAUUGUGGCCAUGCUUGUCUUUGGUACGUUCCUAAGCGAGAACAUCUCCACAGUGGCCAUUGCCCCCAUGGAGCGGAUGCUCGACGUCGUUCGACAUCGCUGCGCUCAGAUCUUCAAGUACACUGCAGAGCUUCAGGAGGACGUUGAGAGUGAUGCUGAAGAUUCAGAUCAUGAGCACGACUCCGAGGAGGUGCAGAGCAAUGAGUUUGAACUGCUCGAGAAGGCUGUGUCAAAGCUCUCGGCCAUUGCGAGUUUAUCCGCUGCGGACGCGCCAAAAGAGACUGAGCCACUGAAUGAAGACGACCUCCUGGUGAUGAACUGGACACACGGCCGCGGCUUCAUCACUUAUGAGGUUGAUUUCGGGACCGGGACGACCCAGGGCGCUCCUGUCACCAGGACCAAAACUCCUGUCACGCAGAAGGACGUGAUCGGCAUCGAGCUCCUGUACCAACAAGUGCCUUCCGAGAUGUUGGCCCUUUCCAGGACAGAAGAUUUCAAUGCGAUGGAGCCUACUACAAGCCAAAAGAAGGCGCUCUGUGCCAUCCACCUGCUCGAUAACCCGGGGUGCAAGGACUUUGUGCGUGGCUCAAUCAACCCUGCCACCCUGACGCACUUCGUGAACGUAGCUGAAGAGAACUACUCCUCAUCCGUUCCUUUCCACAACUUCGGGCACAGCCUGGAUGUUUUGUGCGCCCUAUCCUUUCAGAUGUGUCAGACGCAGGCUCCGGUCUUCAUGUCCAAUGUUGAGCAGUUUGGACUGCUUGUGGCAGCGGUGGGCCAUGAUCUUGGACACCCCGGGGUGAAUAAUCCUUUCCUGAUCGAGACACGGCAUGAAGUUGCCGUGACCUACAAUGACAGAUCGCCCCUGGAGAACAUGCACUGCUCCAAGCUUUUCCAAAUCCUCCGGGAGCCGGAGACGAAUGUCUUCAUGACCCUGGACAAGGAGACCUACAAGGAGCUGCGAAAGGACUUGAUCGAGGCUAUCUUGCACACAGACGUGACCAAGCACAACGAAAUGGUAAAGGAUCUAGCACUCUUCUACCAGAUGAACUCAGACACCCUCAGCUUGCUCGGCCAUCGCGAGAUGCCUAAUGAGGUGCGGGAACUGCUGCAAUCCAACCGCAGCGGCUUAAUGAAUGGCCUCUUGCAUUCAGCUGAUGUGAACAAUCCUGCCAAGCCCUGGCACGUGGCCCAAAAGAUGGCCUACCUCUGUAUGGAUGAGUUCUUUGCACAGGGUGACCGGGAGAAGGAACUGGAAAUCCCUGUUGGCAUGUUGAACGACCGAGAGAAGGUGAACAGGGCCAACUCCCAGAUUGGGUUUAUUGAGUUCAUGAUCACUCCAUUUGUUGAGGCAUUAGUUUGCAUCUUCCCAGAUUUGGAUGAUCUUGCAAACAACACGUCUCAGAACAUAGAGAACUGGGCACGGCUAUGGCAAGCCGAGGCAAGUCCUCCUCCGGAGCAGGUCGAGAAGGUAGCCGUGCGUGUUCAGAAGGUGGUGGCCAAACUGGCUGCAGCAGGCAAGUCAAGAGGUUUAACGCCCCAGACACCAGGCUCCGUUCCUACCAAAGACUCUGCGUAG